AUGAAUAAUAGAAAAAGGCAAGGCAUAGCUGGCGCCAUGAAGAUCAGUGGUGGGUGCUUAUUGGCCCUAUUGGGUGUGGCCCACAAUAAUUUUAAUCUGAACCAAGAGUUUUUAAAGGAAGUCACUAGGAUCCCAAAUAAAUUUGUUGAAAAGUAUGGAAAUGAGCUAUCGAGCCUUGUCACACUUACUGAUCCUAGUGAUGGCAAUUGGUGUGUGAGGUUGGAAAAGGCGGAGAAGACACUCUGGCUUCACGAUGGCUGGGAAAAGUUUUUUGAUGACCACUCCAUUGAUUAUGGCUACUUCUUACUAUUCAAAUACAUCGGGGAUUCGAGCUUCAAGGUUCAUAUAUUUGACUUGUCGACCACUGAAGUUGACUAUCAUAAUAAUCGUAACUUUAAAAAAGAUGAGAAUAGUGAUGACGACUCUGUUAAAAUUCUAACUUCCUUCCCUAGUAAACCAGAGAUUUCUUCUUCAAGACAUGGUGUGGGAAAUAUAUGUGGGAUCCAUGCAAGAUAUGAUAUAAGACAUGUAGUCGAUAGAGGCAAUCGCGAUGCAGCUGAGACAUCAAAAUCUCGCUGUUCUUAUCUGACACGAAGCAAGUGUAAAAUAGAUGGUGGAGGACUGGAAAUUAAAAUGGAGAAUUUGAAUACAUCAACAAAAUUUUCACCUAAGAAUCCUUCAUUUGUAGUCGAUUUGAAGCCAAACAAUCUUUUUCCAAGGUGUUGGAUGUACGUUCCAGUCGCAUUUUCUCAGCAUCUUCCUGGAGCUUCUGAGCAUUUUGAACUUCAUGAUUCUGAUGGUAAGAAGUGGCUACUCAAUAUCAUUCGAGGAAAAAGACGUCAGAACUAUUUAGGCAAAGGGUGGAAGACGGUUGUAAAGGAAAAAAGCCUCAAGGUGGGAGAUACAUGUGUCUUUGAGUUGAUCGACGUCAAUAAAUGUAUGCUAAAGGUUUUCACAUUUGGCAACAUGGGUAAAAUCCCGGAUGGAGUUCAACGGGCUUUAAUCAAGCAGUAG